CCCCAUCUCAAUAAUUAUUUUUCCAAUAACAAAAACUAGCUAGUUAUAUAGCUACAUUAAUAUAUAUAUUAAAUUCUUGGAAUAAUGCCAAUAGCUACUAUUUCAAUUCCAUCCAUUACCAAGAUUGUGUUUUUCCUUUUAGCAGUAGCUGCAGGUGUUGUUCUGCAAUCUGAGGCUCGAGCAUUCUUUGUGUUUGGUGAUUCACUCGUGGACAGCGGCAAUAACAACUACCUUGCAACAACUGCCCGUGCAGAUUCUCCUCCUUAUGGAAUUGAUUACCCAACUCAUCGUCCCACAGGCCGUUUCUCUAAUGGCCUUAACAUUCCAGACAUUAUCAGUGAGAGAAUCGGAGCAGAACCUGUAUUGCCAUACCUGAGUCCAGAACUAACUGCACAAAGGUUGCUUAAUGGUGCCAAUUUUGCUUCUGCUGGGAUUGGAAUCCUCAAUGACACUGGGGUUCAAUUCCUGAACAUUAUCAGAAUGGAUAAACAGUUGGAAUGCUUUCAAGAAUACCAGCAGCGGGUUCGUGAUCUUAUUGGAGGUGAUCGAACUAAGCAACUUGUAAAUGGAGCACUAAUCCUGAUCGCUGUCGGUGGCAAUGAUUUUGUGAACAACUAUUACUUGCUUCCCUAUUCUGCUAGGUCUCGCCAAUUUCCUUUGCCAGAUUAUGUCAAGUACCUCAUUUCAGAGUACAAAAAAUUAUUAAUGGAACUAUAUAAAUUGGGAGCAAGAAGAGUUCUCGUGACAGGUACUGGACCACUGGGCUGCGUUCCAGCAGAACUAGCUUUGCGGGGCACAAAUGGUGGUUGCUCUGCUGAACUUCAGCGAGCUGCUUCCUUGUACAACCCUCAACUUGUUGAGAUGCUCAAAGGACUGAACAAAAGAAUUGGCAAAAAUGUGUUCAUCGGUGCAAAUACACAAAGAAUGCACACGGAUUUCAUCAGUAAUCCCCAAGCAUAUGGAUUCACUACAUCACAGGUUGCCUGUUGUGGACAGGGACAAUACAAUGGUCUUGGACUAUGCACAGCAGCAUCAAACUUAUGUCCAAACAGAGGUGAGUAUGCAUUCUGGGAUCCGUUCCAUCCAUCUGAGAAGGCAAAUAGGCUGAUUGUUGAAGCGAUGUUCUCUGGCUCUACCAAUUACAUGGUCCCUAUGAAUCUUAGAACCAUCAUGGCCUUAGAUGCCAGGAAUUGAUCCAAUUUGUUAACGACUUAGUGUUAAGUAUCAACAAUGUGUAACAUUUGUUGUCUUCAUUACAUGAUUUCUGAGGAAUAAUUUAUCUGCAUUCAAGCUGAUAACAGGAAUAUUUUACUGUAAUUUUCUUUCACUUGUUUCCAUUUCCUAAUGGAAAAGCAAUUAGCAAUUGAUGUUUCUCCCUUCCAAGUUUGUGUUAUUUCCAUCCCUUCUUUGUUUGUGUCUCUCAAUGUAAUUUAAAAUGCUGAACAUGUGCAAGUAAAUAUCAAGAUCAAGCUUGGAAACCAAAUAACUAGUUGGACCGUUUUGAA